AGACGGUCCAUGCUCAAUGGUCCACCACAGAUAUGAAACCACUUCUGGAGUGAGAGUGGCGCUCAGUUGCUGCCCACAGGGUGACUUAAAUGUCCCAAGCUGGAAGGUGGAGAGAGACGUGGACGCCCCCUGGGCUCUGGGCCACCCUCGAGGAUGACAUCUCGGGAGCAGCUGGUGCUGCAGGUGCUGCAGGAGCUGCAGGAGGCAGUGGAGUCCGAGGGCCUGGAGGGUCUUGUGGGUGCCGCUCUGGAAGCCAAGCAGGUUUUGUCUUCCUUUGCUCUCCCCACCUGCCGGGAGGGAGGCCCCGGCCCCCAGGUGCUGGAGGUGGACUCAGUGGCCCUGAGCCUGUACCCAGAGGAUGCUCCCCGGAACAUGUUGCCGCUGGUGUGCAAGGGCGAGGGCAGCCUGCUGUUCGAGGCGGCCAGCAUGCUGCUCUGGGGUGACUCGGGCCUCAGCCUGGAGCUGCGGGCCCGCACGGUGGUGGAGAUGCUGCUGCACCGGCACUACUACCUCCAGGGCAUGAUCGACUCCAAGGUGAUGCUGCAGGCUGUGCGCUAUUCCCUCUGCUCCGAGGAGUCCCCUGAGAUGACUAGCCUGCCCUCCGCCACGCUGGAGGCCAUCUUCGACGCAGACGUCAAGGCCACCUGCUUUCCUAGCAGCUUCUCCAAUGUGUGGCACUUGUAUGCCCUGGCCUCCGUCCUUCAGCGCAACAUCUACUCCAUCUACCCCAUGCGCAACCUCAAGAUCCGGCCCUACUUUAACCGUGUCAUCCGGCCCCGCCGCUGUGACCACAUGCCCGCCACGCUGCACAUCAUGUGGGCUGGCCAGCCCCUCACCAACCACCUCUUCCGCCACCAGUACUUUGCCCCCGUGGUGGGGCUGGAGGAGGUGGAGGCUGAAAGUGCCACCACCAGCCUGGCCCCGACGCCUCCAGCCUUGGCCCCGCUGCCCCCGCCCGCCAAGACCCUGGAGCUGCUCAGCCAGGACCCUGGCCUCAGCUACUCCUACCUCUGUGAGCGCUACAGUGUCACCAAGAGCACCUUCUACCGCUGGCGGCGGCAGUCCCAGGAGCACCGGCAGAAGGUGGCCACCCGCUUCUCGGCCAAGCACUUCCUGCAGGACAGCUUCCACCGUGGGGGCGUCGUGCCGCUGCAGCAGUUCCUCCAGAGGUUUCCUGAGAUCUCCCGCUCUACCUAUUAUGCCUGGAAGCACGAGCUCUUGGGGUCUGGCACGUGCCAGGCACUAGACCCGAUGGAGGAGCUGGAGAAGUUGACGGAGGAGCAGGUUGCCGAGGGGCUAGGAUGCUCCUCCCCGGCCGUGUCGAGCCCCGGAAUGGUCUUGAUGCAGCGGGCCAAGUUGUACCUGGAGCACUGCAUCUCCCUGAAUACACUGGUACCCUAUCGCUGCUUCAAACGCAGGUUCCCCGGCAUCUCCCGGUCCACCUACUACAACUGGCGCCGGAAGGCUCUCCGAAGGAACCCCAGCUUCAAGCCGGCCCCUGUCCUCUCGGUGGCUGGGGCUACCCAGCCAGCUUCUGUUGGGGAAAAGGCCUUGCUCCCUUGGGAGGGUGAGGUGGGAGAGGAGGCAGGGAAAGCAACGGGUGGGGGGCAACCUGCCCCGCGGGAGUUCCUGCCCCUGAGGAUGCCUCUGUCCCGUUGGCAGAGGCGUCUGCGCAGGGAAGCCCGCAAGCAGGUGCUCAGUGGGCACCUCCCCUUCUGUCGCUUCCGCCUCCGCUACCCAAGCCUGUCACCCUCCACCUUUUGGGUGUGGAAGAGUCUUGCACGGGGCUGGCCCAGAAGCCUGUCCAAGCUCCAUAUUCAGGCCCCCACCUUGGGCAAAGGGGGCAUUCAGGAGGUGGAGGAGAAACAGGAGAAAGAAGCUGGUAGGAACGUGACAGCUGCCAUGGCUCCGCCUGCAGGGACCCUGCAGAUGACAGCUUCCCCAGGAGAGGAUCCAGGGGCGGCCCUGGGAGGGCCUUCCAGAGAGGGGGCCCUACAAGAGGGGGCCAUGGCCAAGGGCCGCCCCAUGGUGGCAGCGGCAGGUGGCAGGGAUGGCCAGGUGCUGGUGAUGGACAUGCUCGCCACCACAAAGUUCAAGGCCCAGGCCAAGCUGUUCCUGCAGAAGCGCUUCCAAUCCAAGAGCUUCCCCUCCUACAAGGAGUUCAGCGCCCUCUUCCUCACUGCUCGCUCUACCUACUACAUGUGGAAGCGCGCCCUGUACGAUGGCCUCACCCUGGUCGAUGGCUGACAGGGCGGGGUGAAAAGGGCUGGGACGAAGAAGGAGGACCGCUUUGGAGAGGGUCAGGGACCUGAGUUGCCCCCGCCUCCCCCUGGCUUGGCCAGGAUGCCCUUUGUUCCCACAAUGUCUACCCUGAAUCCAGGGGCAGAUUUGCAUUGUUUCCUAGCUCCAGGGCAGAGGGAGCCAGAGAUUAGCCAUCUGGCCUCCUGCAGAGAGCUACAGGACCAGUCAUUCUCUUCAGUUGUUUACCAUUCUUAUUUUUAUUAUCGUCUUAGUUUUUUGUUUUGAUGUAAAUGGCUCGGCCAGGCCCCCUUGCUGGUGUUGGAAUCCGUUAUGUGUUUGGGGAUCCAAAGGGGAGGUGGUUAGCUAAAGAAUCUUUCAGCGUUUCCUGGGGACUAAGGGAGUGUCAUAGCAUGGCCCUCUGUCCCCCUGGGCAGAAGAUAGGUCUUCAGUUCCUUUUGGGGGUUGGCACCCUCCUUACUCCAAGAUGUUUCCCAAAGGAACAUUGGAAAUCAGAUCUGGAGCAGGUCAUGGCUUCUGCCUGGUGCCCCCAGGGAGAGGGUGCCAGGCUUAGGGUGAGCAGAAGUGGCGAUGUUACCAGAAGAACCAAGGUUGGCCUUUGGAAGGUCCUGAGCUAGAUCACGGAGGCUGGCCUGAUCCUUCUGAGGAGUUUGGUAAGGGGCUGUAGGAAAGGGCCCUGGGUCUCUGCUUGCUAGAGCCUGGCCCAUCUGUUCUGGACCCCACAGUCCUCGGCCAGCCUGGCUGGCUCUUGGGAACCCCUGCCUUUCUGUUAAGUCCCUCCUCAGAGCCUGUGCCCCAUCUUCGGUGAAGGACCGCAUCAUGGCGAGGCAGAUGAGAGACUGAAUUUGGAUAUUGUCCAAAAGUGAAUUUGGCAAGUCAAAGAAAUAAA